UCCACCUCCCCAUUGCAGGGGCCUUGCACUCUUGGAAACCCGACGAGGCUUUGCCAACGGCUGAGCCCGCCGCAGGGCGAGGACGCAUUCCCGAGCGGUAUGUGUGGCCGGAGCCCGUUGCUGGUAGCAUGAGCGCUGGCCCCCUGCGGCAGCCGGCUCUCCUCUGGCCUUGGCUGCUGAUGGCGACGCUGCAGGCAGGACUGGGCCAGCCAAGGCUAGCGCUGGCGGCUGUGGGCGAGCCAGAGCGGGCGGCAGCGCAGAAAGCCAUCAUUAGGGUGAUCCCCCUGAAAGUUGAGCCAAUCGUCCUGGAAGGGGAGUUUGCAAACGUCGCUGAGGUGACUCCAGCUGAGGGAAAACUGCUCCAGUCCCACCCGCUGUCCCUGUGCAACACCAGCGAGGAUGAACACACCGAGUCCGGGUUCAUCACCAUCGUCAAGCUCGAACAGCCAGAUCGGGAUCCCAACCCCUGCCUGUCACUGGCCAACAAGGCAAAGCUGGCAGGGGAGCGUGGAGCUCGUGCGAUCCUUUUUGACAUCACCGAUGAUGAAAGCGCUGCUGAUCAGCUGCGAAAGCCCAGAGGUCUGAGUCAGCCCGUGGUUCUGAUCAGGGGCCAUGAUGCUGAGCUUCUCAUGGGUGUCGUGAACAAAAACAGAGAGGCCCACGUGAAGAUAGAGGUCAAGGAGCCACCAGCUUGGCCAGACUAUGACGUGUGGAUCCUUCUCACGGUGGUCAGCACUGUGGUCAUCAUCAUUUUGAUAUUUUUCAUCCGCACAAAGUGCCAUCUGAACAGGACUCAGGACUCCCUGCAGCAGCAGACCAUGCAGGCUAUCGGGCAGCUGGCCACGCGCACAUACCAGGCAAGGAGCCGGCAGGCAUCGCGCUGGGACUCGGCCAGCAGCUGCAGCUCAGCCCCGGUCUGUGCCAUUUGCCUGGAGGAGUUCAGUGAGGGCCAGGAACUGCGGAUCAUCUCGUGCUCCCAUGAAUUUCACCGGGAGUGUGUGGACCCCUGGCUGCAGCAACACCACACGUGUCCACUUUGCAUGUUCAAUAUCCUUGCCAGAGACUCGGUGGACCAGGCCACGUCUGCUGGCUCCAGGCUGGCCCCUCAGGACAUGGAGCCUGGACGACGGCUCCACCUUUUCCGCCAGCACCCAGGACAUGCCCUUUACCACCUCCCACAUGCAUAUCCUCAGAGGAACCUCAGGAGCUUCCCCCCGGAGCCAGCCCAAGGCAACCCUUUCUUCUGCUCUCCAGAGCUCUCCCAGCUGGAUUUUGGCACCAUCCACUAUGUGCCCUACAGGCCAGCCGCCUCUCUGCCUGCCUGCAGCCACUCAUCACCCCUGGCCCAGAGUUUGCUGGGUCAGCAGCAUCCCAACCCCCUGGUGUGUGGGCAGACGCUGCCGCCCCACAGGACUUGCUCUCUCCAGCCCCAGCCCCCCUGCCCAGGGUUCACGGCAGCCCUGGUGCAGAAGCAGCACCGUGUACCCGCCCAGCGCCGGGGCGGCAUCCACGGGCACCAGCACAACAGCAGCGGCUCCGGAGAGAGCUAUCUCACCGAGCACAGCGGGUACCUGGCAGACGGGCCAGGCAGUGACUCCAGCUCGGGGCCUUGUCAUGGUUCCUCCAGUGACUCUAUGUUGAACUGCACGGAUAUCAGCCUGCAGGGCAUCCACGGCAGCUGCUCCACCUUCCGCAGCUCCCUCAGCAGUGACUAUGACCCCUUUGUGUACUGCAGCUCUGAGGGACCUGCCACAGACAACGGCCAGAAGCAGCCGCGGCCACUGAGGGAGACACGACCCAGGUCCUUGGACCUGGUGGUGCCUGGGGGUGCCGCUCCAGCCAAGCCCCAGGUGCUCAGCCACAUCCACUACCACCACCACCAGCACCAUCACUACAGAGGAGACACAGACUGUCUGCCUGGGCGGGCUGGGCAGCGCAAAUCCCGCUCCUCUGGGGCCAAGGUUGGCUUCCACAGUGCUCGGACACAAAAGAGAACUCAGAAAAGCCCUCCCCGCCAGCAGUCUUUGGAAAGCAGAGCUGGGCUACAGGAGGCAGCUCUGGCAGGGCAGGCAGCCUGUACUCAGCAAGGCUGGGAGCCCCCUCGUGCCCCCUCUGCUGCUUCAAACAGGUUGGACUUUAGUGUAGAUGCCACCAGACAAUCAGGAGCAGCAGGCACAUCUGCUGUCCCGCUGCCCUUGAGAUACAGCUUCCAGAGCCGUCAUCACCGAAGGAAAAGAAAGUGUCCCCUAGAUCCCGACCCUGCUCCCCUGCCCGAGAACUCAGCCUUGCCCAAAUCCUGUGACGCUCACAUUCCUCCCAGCCACCCUGCUGGCCACUGCUGCUCACCUGAAGUUCAGCCCCUGAUCCCAAGCACUCCCCUGCCCUGCGGCUCAGGCUCUCAGCCGCUCUGGAAGUGUUUAGUGCCGCAAUCCAGCUCACAGCUGAAAAAGCAAGAGGAGGGGUUGUUAGGACAAGAGGGAAACCGCAUGGCUUCUGCUGAUUUCUCAGGGACGGGCGCUCCCAGACACAGUGUGAGUCUUCACCCUCACCACCCAUCGCAGCAGGGCAGGCAGGGGUCUGAAGAGGAGGUCCAGGAUGUCCAUGAACACUCAGUUUAAAACACUGGCCUGUUUCUUACUGGAGAGCUGGAGUGGAAAAACACAUUCAGCAUACUGGCUGCAGAGGAGCUCUCGUCUCAUUCUCUGCACAAGCAAUGUGUGAUAACCAGCCCCGACCUGUAUGACCCACACUGAAAUGCAAACUGCAAAUAAGCAACGUGGCACUGUGGUGUCCUCACGCGUUCCCAUGUGGUGAUGGUCAUGCAGAGCCAUGUUCUCCAGGUCCCCUUCUCCUUUGGAGGCACAGGCAGCCCAUCUUCAUCCUGUGGUUUCUGUCUACAUGGGCUGGCUCUUCGGGAGUCACCUGCUGGAGAGCUCGUGGAGUGAGUGCAAGCUGCUAUUCUGGCAUGUUCACGGCACAGAAGGUUUUGCUAAACCUUUCAAAAAUAAACAAGCCUUCGAGACUAAAAGCUGCAGAAAUUAUUUUCUGUGGCCUGAUAGCCCCUGACUUCAUCUCCUCGCUUAGGUCAAAAGCCAGGCUUCUUAAUUUCACUUUUCUACUCUCAGUUCAGAUGCAGGAACAAGCUGUUCUCAAUCUCAGCACUCGCAGCUCUGCCCUGCAAGGUGCUGCUUCUGACUUCACUGGAAUCCCUCAACACUUAGAAUCACUUCAUUGUCCCUCAGCUGACACCAUCAUGGUCAUUUGCUGCAUUUUAUCAGCAGCAGGAGAGGUGAAGACAUGGGAGAAUGUUGGCCUUUCUUGGAAGCAGCUAGGUCUGAGUCUUCCCAUUGCAAAGAACCAACCCUCUCACCUGGCACUGUCAACAAAUCUCUUGCUCAUCCUCGAACUCCUCCACUUACCCUCAUGGUAGGUGUGACGGUUGGCCCUGUUAAGAGCAACUCAUUUUCUGAGCAUAUUUCAAACCUGCCAUGUCCUCAUCCCAGGAGUCAUGGGAAAUCCUUGAGUUCUCAUGGCUCCUGCUUCUCUCCUCCCUCCCUUAUUGCCCCAAGACAGCAAAAAUAUCCAUCGAAAGCAUCCAGAAUAAACGGAGACCAGAGUCCCAUACAUCUCCCAGCCUUAUCUUCAGAUUUCUGAGCCACCUGAAAUGAUCCUGAGAAGGGAUUUUUCAAAAUACCAUUCUGCUUUUUCUAACAUUUUGAUGAUGGAGACAGAAAACUUGGGAAAUUGCCAGGCUCUAGCUUUAUUAUUGGGGAUUUUUACCUCCCAUUUGUGGUUGGGUUUGGGUUUUUUUUUCUGAAUGUCACUAGUUUUUAUCCUACAUCUCCUCAAAUGGGGACAUUCAAGUAAAGCAGAACCUGCCAAAUUCCAAAUCUAGAGAACCCCAAAAGUUUUCAUAUAGCAGGGAAUUAGAGCAUUGGGUUCAUUGCUCUAGAUGAUCAUUCAGGCCAAAGCAUGAGCCAGAUUCCCGUGAAAGUGCAUUUAUACAGCACCAAGUGUUGUUAACCAGAGUUAAUAUGUUGGUGAGGAGACAGCACUGGAGCUGAAGGCAGCUCCCGACUAUCUGAAACCCGGCACAGGGACAGAUGUCCCCAGCUGCUCAGUGCUCAGUCAGCUUUCUGUGUCUUCCUUGGAAGCAGCAGCUUCUCCUCCAGUUCAAGAGAGGGCACUGAAAAUACAGUCCCAGUCCAGGAUAAUCCUGCCCCUGCCUUGCUUCAUUGGUGAGGAAAGCUUUUUACAGGGUUUGCUGCCCUUCAUCUUUGAAAAAGGCAUCUUGUCCCAGCUGCUGAUCAGUCGCUGACAUUUAAGUGAUGGUCUUCAAAGCCUGCCAACAGCACUGCCUUAAACAAACCAUUAGUCUCUUGCUAGCAUUCAGUUCUUCUCGCCUGUGGCGAAGGUACUGCAGGACCAUUCACUCUAGAGAAGAGAUGAAUUUCUUGCAUCAAAGAACCCAGUAGAAUUCUGUUUUACCCUUUCCAGGCUUGUCCUGCAGAGCAAGCAGAAGACAAGAGCUGACAUGUUUUCUCCUUUGCAGGGAAAUCAGUCUUAAACCAGAGGCAAAAAGGAGCGGAUGUAGAUUCCUCCUGCUCAGCUUGUCCAUGGCUUGUCUCCACCAGCUCCCUGCAUCCUCACUGACCACCCUGAAGGGCUCAGAUGGUUUUACAGAAGAGAGGGUCAUGGACUCCAGGUGCUCCCAUAAGGAGUCAAAAAGGCUGAGAGCCGUCUUGCAUUUCACUGCCUUGAAAGAAGAGUGCUGUGUUUGCAGUCUAAAAGUCCUCUUCUCUUUCUCUCUUUAUCCUUAAAAACCAGGAGGGCUCAGAGUCUGUGGCAAGCCCCAAGCUUCUUGGAGAAGGGCACUUAACGCACCCUUUCCCCUCCCCACUGCAGUAUUACCAGGCUGUGCAGGGCAACGCCUGCUUUAAGUGUUUUCCUUUCCCGAUGUUAUGCUGCUGUUCCUUUUCAUCUACAAAACGGCCAUCCUGGAUGCUGGGCCCACUCCCAGGGGCUGGCUGAGACAGAUGGGAGCGUGCAGGUCCGCCUCACGGUGUUCUCCAGUGGGACGAGAGGGAGGAACUCUCCAGGAAGGGUUCUUUCAAUCUCUUCUUCAGUAGAUGGACCACCAGCCUCGCUGCCUGGAAGGGAAGAAGCAACAUCUGAGAAACAAGGAACGACUCCUCUCAGUUCCUGCACCUCUCAUUUCUGGCUGACGAUUUGGAGUGCUCAGCACCCUUGGGUCUCAACACUGAAUUUCUUCAGCAGUGAAGCAGAGCUCAUUUUCCUUCAUUGCAUCCAAAGUCCCAGGUGAAUACUGAUGGAAACCAGAGCAUCCUAAACUCCCUCUGUCCAACCUCAAAGCCCCAGCCCUUCCCCAGGGACCACUGGCUUCCCAGGACCUGGGUACUGAGGGCCAGGAUCUCCUACCUUCCUGCACAGACCCUCCACUCUCCCUUUUAUAAUGUUCAGAUCCUUUGGAAAUGUGAAUAUAGAGGUUUGUUUGUUUGUUUGUUUGUUUUCUUUUUUGUUCGGGUUUUUUUUUGUCGCUGAGUCUGUCCUGGCUCUUGGGGCUUGGGAAUAAAUUAUGACCCCCCAAAAAAACCCAAAGAAUACGUUUUAUAUAUAUGCAAAACUGUGUAUUUAUGUUCGACAGAAACGAAGAUGUGUGAAUAAUG